CAAAUUCUAGGUUUGUCUCUCUAGCCCCGCAUGUCCGAAAGUACUCUCGGUCGGUGUCUCGGGUAGGUUUCCUUCGAUUUCUCGCAAAAAAAUUGAGGGCGCGAUAUGUAUUUGUGUGUGUGAUGUGGUUAUACUUCAUGGUGUAAUUUGAGACAAGGAUCAAAUUCUAGGUUUUGUCUCUGUCAUUGUCGCCACAUGUAUACUACGCGAUUGAACCAGCCCAUAAUCGAGGAAAGAACGAGGAAAUAAGACUUAAUGGCCGAUAAGUAUAACAUUGAAGCUGCAGAAAUACUUGCAAACGAAGCACUGCGUUUGACCAUUUCGGAAGCAGUUCCAAUAUAUGAGCAACUAUUGGCUACGUUUCCGACUGCGGCAAGAUACUGGAAGCAAUAUGUAGAGGCACACAUGGCCGUGAAUGAUGAUGAUGCUACGAAACAAAUUUUUAGCCGCUGUCUGUUGAACUGUCUACAAAUUCCUCUUUGGCGAUGCUAUAUCCGUUACAUCAGAAAAGUUAAUGAGAAGAAGGGGGUAGAGGGUCAGGAAGAGACUAGGAAAGCUUUUGAUUUCAUGCUCAGCUAUGUUGGAGCUGACGUUGCCUCGGGCCCUGUAUGGAUGGAGUACAUCACCUUUUUAAAGUCCAUGCCGGCUCAAACCACACAAGAAGAGUCGCAACGAAUGACUGCUGUCAGGAAAGCAUAUCAGAAGGCUAUUGUUACUCCUACCCAGCAUGCGGAACAACUUUGGAAGGACUAUGAGAAUUUUGAAAAUUCUGUUAGCCGCACCCUGGCAAAAGGAUUAUUAUCUGACUAUCAACCAAAAUAUAACAGCGCUAGGGCUGUCUACAGGGAGCGGAAGAAAUAUAUUGAUGAAAUUGAUUGGAAUGUGCUUGCUGUGCCACCGUCUGGUUAUUACAAGGAAGAGCUGCAAUGGUUGGCAUGGAAGAGGUUUCUAGCAUUCGAAAAAGGAAACCCUCAAAGGAUAGAUAGUGCUUCUUCCAACAAACGAAUUGUUUUCACAUAUGAGCAGUGCCUCAUGUACUUGUAUCAUUAUCCUGAUAUGUGGUAUGACUAUGCUACAUGGCAUGCAAAAAGUGGUUCAGUAGAUUCUGCAAUCAAAGUAUUCCAUCGAGCUCUGAAGGCUCUUCCUGAUUCAGAAAUGCUAAAGUAUGCUUAUGCGGAGCUGGAGGAAUCUCGUGGAGCGAUUCAGCCUGCAAAGAAAGUCUAUGAAAGCCUUUUAGGGGACGGCGUCAAUGCAACCCCACUGUCACAUAUUCAAUAUAUUCGCUUUCUAAGAAGAACUGAAGGAGUAGAAGCUGCUCGCAAGUACUUUGUAGAUGCACGAAAAUCUCCAAACUGCACUUAUCAUGUUUAUAUAGCUUAUGCCACGAUGGCUUUUUGCCUUGACAAAGAUCCAAAGAUUGCACAUAAUGUUUUUGAAGCUGGGUUGAAACGGUUUAUGCACGAGCCUGGAUACAUUCUUGAAUAUGCAGAUUUCUUGUCUCGUUUGAAUGAUGAUAGGAAUAUCAGAGCAUUAUUUGAACGGGCAUUGAGCUCACUUCCACCAGAGGAAUCUGUUGAGGUUUGGAAAAGAUUCGCCCAAUUUGAGCAGACCUAUGGAGAUCUUGCUAGCAUGUUGAAGGUUGAGCAAAGAAGGAAAGAAGCACUUUCUAGAACAGAGGAAGAGAGUCAAUCACCUUUAGAUAUUUCACUACAAGAUGUUGUAUCACGUUAUAGUUUCAUGGAUCUUUGGCCUUGCUCUUCCAAGGAUUUGGAUCAUUUGGCACGGCAAGAGUGGCUUUCUAAAAACAUCAAUAAGAAAGUCGAAAGAUCCACUCUGGCUGAUGGAGCUGCUGUUGUAGAUAAGGCCUCUUCAGGACUGGCAAACAAUUAUAAUUCCUCUGCAAAAGUUGUUUAUCCAGACACUUCUAGGAUGGUGAUAUAUGAUCCAAGGCAAAAGUCUGGCCCAUCUGGACCUGGAGUUCCAGCAGUUUCAAGCACGUUGACUGGUCCAAGUGCUGUUGCACCAGUUGCUGGUGGAACACCCAAUGCUCCUAAUGAAUUUUUGAAAGCGACACCACCUGCAUUGCUAACAUUUCUAGCAAGUUUGCCCACUGUAGAAGGUCCAUCGCCAGAUGUUGAUUUUGUACUAUCAAUAUGUCUGCAAAGCAACAUACCAACAGCGCAAAUUGGGAAAUCUGUAAACCCCUCAAAGCAGCUGCAAACUGGCCCUGCUCCAAGUACGAGUGACCUUUCUGGAUCAAGCAAACCUCAUCCAGUUCCGAGUGGUUCUUCUUUCAAAACAACAAGAGACAGACAGUCCGGGAAAAAGAGAGAUCGAGAUGGGCAAGAUGAUGAUGAUAGUGCAACUGUCCAAAGCCAACCACUCCCAAGAGACAUGUUUAAGAUACGACAAUUACAAAAAGCUCGAGGUGCCGUUGCUCGAGGCGCCGUUUCACAAACUGGAUCAACGUCAUAUGGAAGUGCAUUUUCUGGAGAGCUCUCUGGAAGCACUGGCUGAUGUAUUUUGUUCAAUUUUUUUAUGGUACAUUGGCAGUCAGCUGAUGUAUUGAAAUUCCUGUGGCUGUGCAUCAAUUAGGCGGUCAGCUGAUAUAUUUAUAUUCCUUGUGCUGUAAAUUAAUUCUGUUCCUCAAUGCUAAUUUAUUUCCUCAUCUGUAGUUUAUCCUAGUCAAGUUUUUCUGGAAGAAAUAUGUAUUCUGCAUGUAAUGUGUAGCAGCAGGAAUUUUGAAUAAUUUUUUUCCCAAAAAAGCACCGGUUAUGUGAAUGGGGUAUGAAUGUAUGAUAGUGAAGUGAUGUUAUCGGCAUCUUCAAAAUUAUUAUCAAUGAGAGCCAAAGAGCUCACCAUCUUGUCUCUUGCUGCUUUA